AUGGACCAUGAGAAAGACCAUGACAAGGACCACGAGAAAUACCAUGAUAUGGACCAUGAUAAGGACCAUGAGAAAGAUCAUGGUGGUGAUCAGGGGAUGAUGUGCCAUAAGGAUAACAAUCAAGGCAAGUGCAAGAGCUUGGGCAAGAAGAUUGAUGAGGGCAUGCACUGCUUCAGAUAUGGUGACAACAAGUGUGCCAGUUCUCACUGCUGCAAGGAACAUGAUGACGACAAGGACCAUGGCAAGGACCGCGAGAAAGAUCAUGAUGACACCAUGAUAAAGAUCAUGAUGGUGACGAGAAGAUGA